AUGGUUUAAUUAAAAUUGCUAUAUGGAAAUAUUUUUUAAUCAAAAUCUGAUUAUUUAGAUAUUCAACUUGCAGGAUUUUAAAUAUUUAAUUGUCCUGAUUUUAAUAAUCUGUAAAUAAGUUGUCAUCCAACAUGCAAAGAAUGUGAUGGUCCAACAAAAGAUGAUUGCUUAUCAUGUUAUGAAUUUUCAAAUAGAAGAUAUAUAUCAGAAUUUAAAGUUUGUAUUUGUGAAUAUGGAACUAUUGAUUAGAAUAAUGAAUGCGUUAAUUAUUAAACAUUAUAACUAAAUAAGAUUGAAGUCUAGUAACUUGAAAAAUAAUGUCAGUAUGGUUUUUUUGAAAUUGAUGAUGAUUGUUAUCAAUGGUAUAAUUUAUUUAUUAUAUUUUAGUCCAUCAAGAAUUACAAUUGAUAUGAUAACAUGUUUAGAAUGUAUUUUAAAUCCAAAAUCAUGGAUUAAUACUCUCUUUUGUUAAACAUCCUACCUUGUUCAUCAAAAUGGAAGUGUUGCUAAAAAUUUUUCUUAUGAAAAUUUAUAAUACAUAUUCACAGGAGAUGAAUUGAAAUACUGUCCUAAUUGCGAUUUGAAUUUGAAAGCACCAUACGAUUUAAUUGAAGCAUCAUUAAUAUUUAAAAAUUUCUGCACUGCCAGUUAAUCAAUAAACGAUGGUUGUUAUUUUUGUCAGGAUGAAUGUGAAAGAUGUGCAAUAUUACCAACAAAUGAAUUAUGUUUAGAUAGGACUCCAAAUGUUAGUUUUGGUAAUAAAACUUGUUAUGCUCCAAAUUAUUUAAAUUUUUAUAAGAAGUGUGUAAGUUGUGAACUAGAAAAUUGCUUAUAUUGCUUUGAUUAUUUAGCUAGUGAUCCAACAAAAUCUACACUUGAAAGUUUAGAAAAUUUUUCACUUAACGAUGAAGAGAUAAAAAUAGGAUGCGCUUAGUGUAUAGAAGGGUAUAUCUUUGAAUUUAAAACAUCAACUUGUAUCAACUAAAAACCAAUAUAAUAAAAUUGCCUUAGAUCUUAUAUUAAUUUUGAUGAUAGAGAAAUUUGCACACUAUCAAAUGAUUUCUCUAUAUCUUUAGAAAAAAUAAAUUGCCAAGACCUUAUUCUACAUUGUAAACAAUGUAUCAAAACUAUAUAAACAACAGUAAAAUGUUUAAUUUGUGAGGAUGGUUAUAUUGUGUCUUCUAUAACAGGAGUUUGUAGUAUUUGUCCUAUUGUUAAUUCAAAAUAAUGCUAAGAAGAUAAUUUAUUAGAACCAGGGAAAUGGAAAUUUCAAGGCUUUAUAAUUUAAUUCUUGCCACCUAAAACUAGAAUAAAUUAUGAUUUAUCUAGAUCAUCCUCAAUAGUAAUUGAGUGUCUUCAAGGAUAUCGAAUUUUAGAAAACGAAUGUUAACAAUAUUGCGAUGAAUUUUGUUCAGUGUGCGAAACAGAAAAAAUUACACAUUCUUCCACAUUUUAUUGUUCUUAAUGCAAGAGAAAUUAUUAUAAAGAAUUAAUUAGAGUAUAAGCUGAUAGAUAAUGCAUAGAAUGCCCUUCAUUAUGUUAAGUUUGCUAGAAAAGACCUACUGAUGAAAUUAAUGUAUGAGAAAUAAUUAUAAUAGCAAAUAAAUCCUUAUUAUAUAUAAGAUGCAGAAAACUCAAUUUAUACAUAAAGGUGCAUCUAAAAAGUUCCAUUUGACAAAAAUAUUCAUAUUGAUCCAAUGUUAGCAAUUGCUUAAUAUUGUUAUUAAGAUAAUUGUAAUUACAAAUUAGAAUUUUCUUAUGUAUUAUGA